AUGUCUUCUCCCGUUUCCACCCCACCCUUGGAGACCAAUGGCAAUGGCGUGAGCUUGCCUAACCGCCCUCAGCCCAAGCUCUUUGCCAGCCAAGAUGGAAGCUCCGGCUCCGGUACCCCCAUCGGUUUCCAGCGCUACCCUCCCCACAACAAGCACCUGGAUCACGCCGUAGGCAAUGCCUUGCGACAGCCCUCCCCACAGCCCACCCACCUGGGUAUCCCCGGUACCCCGCAGCACCGUGUGUUGUCGGAGGAGGACCCAGGCUACAUCGCAGCUACCUUCGAGGGCAAGCAGAAGCAGAUGGAGCAGGUCAUGGACCAGCUCGAAGAAAAGGGCUUCUUCCCUAGUGAUUUCGUUAUUUCCGAAACCACCUGGUUCUACAACAUGCUUGGCAUUGACGACACCUACUUCCAGACCGAGUCCGUGGAUGCUAUCGUGACCCAGAUCCUUUCUCUCUACGCCGCCAAGGUUGCCGCCUACGCUCGCGAUGACAAGCAAUUGGAGAUCCGCUUGGACAAGGAGGCCGAGGACCACGCUGUCUACAUUGAUACCAGCAGGCCCGGUAUCUCCUCCAUGGAUGGUCCUCGCUACGAGCAGCGUAUCGACGAGAAGUACGUCAACCACUCCAAGGGCGCCAACAGCUACCGUGUGGAGACCUUCCGCUCGCCCAGCUCUCUGCCCGGCAACAACGGGCAGCAGCUGCGUUGCUACUUUGUGUACAAGUGCCAGUUUGUUGAGCCCAACCCAUCCCCCAAUGAGACCAACAUCGACAUCAUUGGAGAAAAGCGUUUCCUCCAAAAGGCCACCCCCAACACCAAGGCCGUCUACCAGGAGAUCAUCGAGACUGCUGUCAGCCGCUCCGGUCCCGUCAUUGAGAUGUUCGAGAUCGAGGGCAGCCGCGAGAAGCGUCUGGUCAUCGCCUACCGCCAAGGCUCUGCCAUGGGUCUCUUCAGUGCCCUCUCCGAUCUGUAUCACUACUACCGCUUGACCAGCUCACGCAAGUACCUGGAGAACUUCUCCAACGGUAUCACCGUGAUCUCGCUCUACCUGCGUCCCUCCGACAACAAUGAGAUCUCGGCCAAGUUCCCUCCCAUCGAGGCCGCCAUCCACCAGAUCAUGAAGGAAAUCUCACUCCUCUACUGUAUCCCUCAGAACCGCUUCCAAGGCCACUUCGCCAGUGGUCGUCUGAGCUUGCAAGAGACCAUCUACGCUCACUGCGCGUGGGUGUUCGUGCAGCAGUUCCUGAACCGUCUUGGAUCAGAGUACACUUCGCUGUCCGCUCUUUUGGACAGCAACAACAGUGUCCACGCUGAGCUGCUUUCAAAGAUCAAGAAGCGUCUGCGCACUGAGACUUUCACUGCCGACUACAUCUUCGAGAUCAUCAACAAAUACCCUGAGCUGAUCCACAAGCUUUACCUUGACUUUGCCAGCACCCACUACGUCCAGACCCAGGGCCCCAGUGGUGAUGACUUCCUCCCCACACUCAGCUACCUGCGCAUUCAGACCGAUGAGGUCCUCGACAGCGCCAAGCUCAAGCAGCUCAUUCGCGGAACUGCCCUCAACGAGCACGACGAGAUGGUCAUGACCUCCUUCCGCGUGUUCAACUCCUCCAUCCUCAAGACCAACUUCUUCACCCCUACCAAGGUCGCCCUCAGCUUCCGCUUGAAGCCGGACUUCUUGCCUGAGCACGAAUACCCCCAGCCCCUGUACGGCAUGUUCUUGGUCAUCAGCUCCGAGUUCCGCGGUUUCCACCUGCGCUUCCGCGAUAUUGCCCGCGGUGGUAUCCGUAUUGUCAAGAGCCGAAACGGCGAGGCGUAUAACAUCAACGCACGCUCACUGUUUGAUGAGAACUACAACUUGGCCAACACCCAGCAGCGCAAGAACAAGGAUAUCCCCGAAGGCGGUGCCAAGGGUGUCAUCCUCUUGGACGCUGACCACCAGGACAAGGCGCGGGUCGCCUUCGAGAAAUACAUCGACAGUAUCCUUGAUCUGCUCCUGCCACCCGUCAGCCCUGGUAUCAAGGAUCCCAUCGUUGACCUUCACGGCAAGGACGAGAUUCUGUUCAUGGGUCCCGAUGAGAACACUGCCGAGCUCGUCAACUGGGCUACCGAGCACGCUCGCGGCCGUGGCGCUCCUUGGUGGAAGUCCUUCUUCACCGGAAAGAGCCCCAAGCUGGGCGGUAUUCCCCAUGAUGCCUACGGCAUGACCACCCUCUCUGUCCGCCAGUACGUUCUGGGUAUCCAGCGCAAGCUGAACAUCGAACCCUCCACUCAGCUUAAGCUGCAGACCGGUGGUCCCGAUGGUGAUCUCGGAUCUAACGAGAUCCUGCUCGCCAAUGAGAAGUACGGUGCCAUCGUUGACGGUGCUGGUGUGAUCUAUGACCCCAACGGUCUUAACCACGAGGAGCUCCUCCGCUUGGCCAAGAAGCGUGCCAUGAUCUCCGAGUUUGACAUGUCUAAGCUCUCCUCCGACGGUUACCGCGUCCUGGUCGACGAGAAGAACGUCAAGCUCCCCAGCGGCGAGAUUGUCCACAACGGAAUGAUCUUCCGCAACACCUACCACCUGCGCUCACAGGAGAAGUUCGACGUCUUCGUCCCCUGCGGUGGUCGCCCCGAGUCCAUCGACCUGUCCACCGUUGGCAAGCUGAUCAAGGACAACAAGUCCAUCAUUCCCUUCAUCGUCGAGGGUGCCAACCUCUUCAUGACCCAGGACGCCAAGCUGCGUCUCGAGAAGGCCGGCUGCAUUCUGUACAAGGACGCCUCCGCCAACAAGGGUGGUGUUACCUCCUCUUCCCUCGAGGUCCUUGCCUCGCUCUCCUUCAACGACGAGGAGUUCGUCGAGCACAUGUGCAUCCGUGAGGACGGCACCGUGCCCGAGUUCUACCAGUCCUACGUCAAGGAGGUGCAAGAAGUCAUCAAGCAGAACGCUGCACUCGAGUUCGAGGCCAUCUGGCGCGAACACGAGAACACCGGUGUCCUGCGCAGUGUCCUCAGUGACCGUCUCAGUCUGGCCAUCACCAAGCUCGAUGAGGAGCUCCAGAUGACCGAGCUCUGGGACAAUGUCGCUCUCCGCCGCUCUGUCCUCGGUGACGCUCUUCCCCGUCGCCUGUUGGACAAGAUCGGUCUUGAGACCAUCUUGGGACGUGUCCCCGAGAACUACUUGCGUGCUAUCUUCGGUAGCUACUUGGCCAGCCGCUUCGUUUACGAGUACGGCAACCAGCCCAGCCAGUUCUCCUUCUUCGACUUCAUGACCAAGCGUAUGUCUAUGAUUCAGGCUUAA